AUGAGCUGCUGUGGCGGUUGCUUUGAAGGCAUAUUUUCCAAAGGGCAUGAGCUCCGGCCAGACAGCUCUCCGCAGAAGCAACCGCGGCCCGUGAGUACGUAUACGGAGGCUCUGCAGCUGGAGAGAUCCCGAGAAGGGACGUGGCAGGCAUCUCCCAAGACGUCCUUCGAUUGGGCAUCGCCGAUCCCACGGCGUCGACCGUCUGUAGUCUCUGUUGACGGACCUGUCGACUUCGACAUAGUCAUAGAUAUCGAUGACGGCAAUGCUGCAAAUUCAAAGCCCCGAACGCAGACGAUCGACACGGACAUACCUGCCAACCGGAUUGCCGGCCAGAAUCGCGAGCGGAGCAGGUUUGAAAAAGAAAUGUUGCUGGCAUCUCCUGGACGGCUGCCGCCACCACUGACAGCGGAUCAGCGGGAGGAAGCCAUCCGGCAGCUGCUGCCCACAGCAACCUUCCAGAUGCUGGCGAAGGUGCCGAAAAAGCUGCUGACUUCGGCAGAUGAGUCAGCCAAAAAGCUCAGAAGGCAGCUUAUGCGUGGUGCCACAGUGGUCUUUGUGACUGCUGGCCUGCCCGGGAAGAGGUUUACCUUCGAGAUUGCAGCAUCGCUUGGCAUCAAGCCUGUGAUCUUGGAGCACCCUGAUUCCUGGAGCAGGGGCCUCGUAGAUGAGGGCCUCGCGGCUAAAUUUAUUCCCGUCGACAUGACGCAAGGUUCAGAGGAAAUCUUCAAUGAGGCUCUGGAGCACAUCAGAACCUUGGGUGAGGAUGGUCUCACUGGGCCUGCGGAUGGCAUCGCCACCUUUGUGGAGCUCUCCGUGCCCCUUGCAGCACGCCUUGCCGAGGCUUUGGGCUUGCCAGGUUUGAGGCCGGCAGCCGUGGAUUCAGCACGAAAUAAGCAUGCCACUCGAGCAUGCUUGAAGCAAGCUGGGCUACCAACCCCGAGGAAUUUCCUCAUUGAUGACAAAUCGAAGCUCAAGGAAGCAGGCCAGACUGUCGGCUUUCCCGCCGUCUUAAAACCUGUGUCCGGCGCAGCUUCGCUGGGAGUGAAAAAGGUCACGAAUCCUGUGGAGAUGGAGAAGUGCUAUCAAGAGAUUGUGGACGAGCUUUCCACUCUUGUCGUAUCAUCAGGAGCGCUGGUGCAAGGCAGCCCUGAUGCGGCGGGACGGAAUGCGCAAGAGUCUGGAGUCGACCUGACAGUGCUGAUGGAGCAGUUUUUGGAUGGUCCUGAAGUAGAUGUCGAUGUUGUGAUGUCCGAGGGUGAGUAUGUAUAUGCCUGCGUGGCAGACAACGGCCCAACUUUGGAGCCAUACUUCAACGAGACUUGGGCAUGUUGCCCCUCGCUCCUGCCAAAGGACCAGCAGGUGGCACUCAGAGACUUGGGAGUGCAGUGUAUCAAGGCUCUCGGCUUCACCGCUGGGGUCUUCCAUGUGGAGUUGAAGUACACCUCCCACGGCCCGCAGUUGAUCGAGGUCAAUGCCAGAAUGGGAGGAGGACAGGUGCACGAGUGCAAUCGCUUGACUUGGGGCGUUUGCCUUGUAGAGGAGACCAUGCUUGUCGCGCUGGGUAUUCCAUCCCGGCCUUUUGUUCCACGGGAGCCAGUGUCGGGCACCGCCUACUGCUAUGUCAAUGCAAUGAAGUCGGGCACCGUCACUGACAUUAGCAAACUGGAGGAGCUCCAGAAGCGCGACAAUGUCAUCUGGGCCAAGCCUCUGACGCGAGUUGGCGCAAAGGCAGUGGGUCCUGCAGACGGUUUGCCAACAUGGCUGUGUGACCUCUUCGUGCAAGGCAAGACUGCCAAGGAAGCCUUGGCAUACCUGCAGGCUAUUGAGAAGGAGAACCCUGUGCUC